UUUCAGCAGAACCGGGCUGUUUACUCUUCUUUGAGAACGUUUCAUUCCUGCAAAAUGUGUCUGCGGUCUCUUGGUUUUGUCCUCAUUUUGUUUCCUGGAGUGCUUCAAGCACAGGGCUGUGAUGCUCCCAGGCUGCCUCAUGGUUAUUGUCUCCCACAGCAAGAGACUUAUUCUAAUGGAGCCACGAUCACGUAUGCCUGUGAUAAUGGAUAUAAACCUGCAGUGGAGAUGUGGUGGGCAACCAGUACAUGUCAACAUGGGACAUGGUAUCAUGAACCACAGUGCAUAGGUGAAAGCUCCUGCCUUCCACCAACUAUUAGCAAUGCAAAGUACCCUGAAAACUUGAACAGCUGGUAUGAGGAUGGAAGUACAUUAAGGAUAACAUGUGAAGCAGGAUUUGAGCACAAAAACCAGAACACCACCAUUACCUGUGAAAAUGGAAACUGGUCCCCUGUACCAGUCUGUGAGAAAAGUAUCAGUGCGUGCAGUGCGCCUCCUAAAAUCCCCCAUGCAGUCAUCAUUAAUCAGGGAUACCAGGAGGUGUUUGCUGCAGGUUCACAAGUGCAGUAUCACUGUGAAGAUGCUUACACUAACGUGGGGCAAAAUACCAUCAUCUGUGAAGCUGGACUGUGGACAACAGGCCCAACAUGCAAAACCCUACGGGGUGCUGGACAUGGUGGAUCCACAGUGACAGGAACAGAAGUGUCACACACGACACCUGCUGGCAGUGGAACACAACCAGGGCAUACCGACUCCUCAGAACAGACAGAGACGUCCCUUCGUUUCAUAGCAAUUGACAAUUGUGGACAAUUCCCUGUUAUUCCUAAUGGUGUUAUUACGGAAACUACGAGAUUCUCUUUGAAAUACGAGUGCCAACAUUUAUACAAACUAGUGGGUCCAGCUACAGUGAAGUGUAUCAGGAGUGGCAUGUGGUCAGACUUACCCGUCUGCAGAGCUGCCUUCUGUGCUGUGAACACUGAUGACAAUCCUCAGUACAUAUCUGUAGGAACUGUAUACAUACCAGUUGGUGAGGAAAAGAGAGUGGAAUGUGUGAAACCACAUAGCUGGUCAUUUAACCAUUAUUCUACAGUUCGGUGCUUCAAUGGAAGAGUGGAGGCGACUGAAUGUUGUAACAAGUUGGAGCAUGCAUUGAGCUGCGACUAAAGCUGUAGCUGUGGAUUUGCUCACCAGCUUGGAGCUUUUGAAGGAGACAACUGAGUUAUGACCAUACGGUCACCCAGUGUCUGUGUUUCAUUUGGAUCUUCAAAUACUGUCAGAGAAAAUGUUUAAAUGUGAAAGAAAAACACCACUGACCUGAAUAAAGUCUGAAAUUUUACCAUUAAAA